GAGAGGGGUUUCACAACAAAAACAGAAAAGCAAUUGUGGCAUUCCCACUGGCGACGAAAACAAAACUGCGUUCCGUGUUUUUCGGGCGUUUUACAUCGUUUUCCUUCCCGCUGGUCAGAAAAAAAAGAGUAGCCAGCUUCGAGCUAGCGCUGCUGGAUAAUGUGAUCCCGAACGAGUACGGCACCGGGGCCAUCUAGUUUUGUGUGUUUUGUGUAAUAGACGCUAGCACUGUGUGGGUUUGUGUGUGGAAGAAAACAAUGAAGAGUGGCAUGGGGCAGCAGCAGCAGUAGCAGAAUUAGAAGAAAAAAAAAGCAGUGCAUGAUUUGCAACCGAGCGUGAAUCUAAACUCGGCUGCGUAAAUAACACAUCGGCAGUGGGAACCACUAGACGAAGCACGGACGCAUACAGGCGUAACCAAUAGAUUUGGUUCGGUUUCGGAAGAGUGUAGAACGCAGUAAGCGGUACCACCACCAACCACUACCCCGACCACUCCGUCACGACACGUUCGAGUGGGUUUUGUGUUGUGGUGGAUGCUGAAAAGAAACGUCUUUGGUGGAUAUUCAAUUUGCGUUGUGCUCUGCGUAGUCCCUAGUGGACCGGAAGUGCUUUAGCAGGUCAAGGACGCAGCUCGGUGGAUCCGGUGCGGCGAACAACACAUACCCGUUGUUGGGCACGCAGCGAAACAGCUACAAACAGCUUCCCGCUUGGGACUGGCAGACGAAUGCAGCAUGACGGUGGUCUAUCCACGUAAAAUGUUGGCCCGAUUUCAUCCGUACCACGGUCAGAACAUAAUUCUGUUUAACGAGAACACGGUUGCGUACCGGAAGGCCAGUUUCGGCAAUGCGCUUACCUUCAGCGAGAACCCGUUGCAGCCGGGUGAAAUCUUUCUGCUAGAGAUUGAGAAGAACGAGCGGGGCUGGAGCGGCCAUAUGCGGUUGGGUCUCACUCAGCUUGAUAUCAAACCAGCCUCCGCACUACAGUACGCCCUGCCCGAUCUGGCCAACCUGGGGCACAGUUGGGUCUUUCCCAUCACACGCUCGGUCGGCAACUCGAUGCUGAAAAGCAACAUCCUCGGCAAUGGGAUCAACGUGAAAACGUCCCGUGGCGUGUUUCCGCGCAGUCUGCUCAAACCGAUCGCCCAGGACGGUGGUGCCAGCACGGACAUACUGCCGACGGACACCAACUCUCGCAUCGGCGUCAUCUUUGUGCCGAGCGAACACGAGGCGGACAAGGCGGAGAUGCACUUCAUCAUCAAUGGAGAGGAUCAGGGCCCGUGCACACACGACAUCCCGUACAAGCAGGGGGCCCUGCACGUGGUGAUCGAUGUGUACGGCACGACGAAGCAGGUGAAGAUCAUCCAGCUGUACGGCAUCUCGACGCUGCAGGGCGCCUGCCGGGAUGCGAUACUGGCGCGGGUGAAGAAAUCGGCCAUUCCCGAGCUGCCGCUGCCGGAAAGUUUGAAAAACUAUCUGCUCCAGUACGGGAUAAUUAUGCUUAUUUUUGGAUUUGACAUGGUGUUAAUGUUAAUCUUACAAAUACAAUUCCACUUGCUGAAUGCGAAGUACAUCACAUACUACUAUCAACAGUCCUACUCUCACAAUUAUUUUAUAGAAUGUAUUCAUUUGAAAUCGGAACCAAUUCAAAUCUGAAGGAAUAAUGGCUCCCGAGCUAUUUGCUCGGACCUGGGUAAUCAGGUCCUGCAAGACGCUGUCGAAUCAUCCAGAGCAAAACAUGUAUGAAACGAUUCUAUAAAAGAAACUAAUGGAAAGGAUAUAUGGGUGAAUAAGAAUAAGGAUGCCUGCGGGGACGGGGCAAAGGAUUAAUUUCUACCGUACUACUACUGCAAAGACGUUUUGUCGAUCAAUGUGAAUAGUUAAUCAAAUCCAAGUCCUGCAAGCAAAUUCAAAUUGUCCUGCACGACGCUCAGUAUAUGAUUGUCCCAAAAUUUGUGAUUUUUUUGUGUACGUGUGUUGGAAAGUUUGUGUUUCCUUUUAAAGCAUAGUGUACGAAGGUGAACGACAAGAAUGAAUAAAUAUAGAAUAUCCUACAA